CACAAAUUGGCUUCCUUCGGCUUACAAGCGUAUUAUAUUAUCAUGGAGGCGUUCGUAGGCAAAUGGAAGAUGGAAAAAAGUGAGGGCUUCGAUGAUGUUAUGAAAUGCCUUGGUGUCGGGUUUAUCAACCGAAAACUUGGUAAUACCAUGAAACCCAACUUUGUUGUCGAGAGCCUCGGUGAUGGUCGAUAUCGGAUGAAAUCGGAGAGUACCGUCAAGACCACCGAAUUCAUUUGUCGUCUUGGAGAAGAAUUCACAGAAAUAACUCCCGACGGCCGUGAAGUGAGGUCCAUUAUCACAAUUGAAAAUGGCGUCAUGAAGCAUGUUCAGAAGGGUGAUGGGAAGGUCACCUAUAUUGACAGAGAAAUUGAAGGCAACACAAUGAAAACCACCGUGAAAGUUGACGAUUUUGUCUGUGUGCGAAUUUACACCAAGUUUGAAUAA